AUGGAUGAUGCAGAUUCAAUUGAUUUAUCGGACAAUGAUGAAUUUAUGCUUGAUGUUGAAAUAACACCAGCUAAUGUUCAAGAUGCUAUUAACAUGGCAUUAGCCGAAGAUGAUAAUAGUAAUAGUAAUUUAACAACUAAUAUUGAUUUACCACCAUUAUCUGAUGAAUUAAUUAAUUUUGAUGGAAAUAAAUUUGGUGAAGAAUUACUUUAUAAAAUAGAAAAUGAUAAUAUUGAAAAAAUAUUAUAUCAACAUUGGAAAACAUUUGUUCCACAAUGUUAUAUAUAUCAUACAAAUUUAAUCAAAGGUAUUAUUGAACAACGUACACAAGAAAUACUUUUUCGACCACUUGAUAUAUUUUUAUAUGGCACAUUAAAUACUGAUGAAGCUAUACAAACUAUUCGUUCAUAUAAUAAAAAGUCAACUGUAUGUGGACAUUUAUUUAAAUCUGAAGAACCAACAUAUUUUUGUCGUGAUUGUUGUGUUGAUCCAACAUGUGUUUUAUGUACGGAUUGUUUUCUUCAAAGUGAACAUCGAAAACAUCGAUAUAAAAUGAAUGUAUCAGCUGGUGGUGGUUAUUGUGAUUGUGGUGAUCAUGAAGCAUGGAAACAAUAUGUACAUUGUAAUUUACAUUUACCACAUGAUGAUGAUAAGGAAUCCGCUGAUGAUAUACUUAAUCGUUUACCAUCUGAUUUACGUUUACGUGCUAAAAGAUUAUUUAGUAUUUUACUACGUUUUAUAAUUAAAUUACUUUGCACAGAAAAUUAUCAAGAUACACCGAAUGAAUUAAAAAAUGAAUAUUGGGAUGGUGAUCAUAGAAAAUAUGUAACUAUUUUAUUUAAUGAUGAAGUUCAUACAUAUGAUCAAGUUAUACAUGUUCUUAGUCGUGCUAUACAAUGUAGUAAACCAGAAGGUCAUGAAUUAGCAUCAUUAGUUGAUCGUGAAGGUCGUACAGCUAUACGUAUUGGUACAAUGGAACAAUGUUGUGAUGUUCAACAAAUCAUACGUAUACGUACAGCUGAUACUCCACUUAAAUGUGAAAUAUAUCCAAGUUCAUUUAUAUCAUUACAAUAUUUUGCACAAAAACUUUUAACUUAUUUACAAAAUACUAUUGAAAUAUCGGAUGGUUUUCGUCGAGUAUUUUGUGAAUGUGAAAUUGAAAGUGAUGAAGAAUUAGAUAUAACUCGUACAGAAAAAGCAUUAUUAAGUGAAAAAAUGCUUUGGAAAAGUGCACGAUCAGCAUUACAUCAAAUUUUUAUUAAUAGUUUUUUUAUGGAUUCUGAAUGGAAGAAAACUUUUGCAAUUUUGUACAUGAAAAAUUAUUCUACUGUUUGGCGAAAUUUUGUCAAAGAUCCCGACGAAUAUGUUUCAUUCACUGAUCUUUCUGUUCAAGUUUACACUGUACCUACGCUGUGUUAUCCGAUGAUCAUACGACAUUAUCGAAAUGAUCUUUCGUUACUUUAUCGUAUUGAUUGUUUUGUAAGAUUAUCUGUACAAUUAUUUACUACUCAAAGUCUUGCAAAAUAUUUAAUAUCAUCACAUAAUGCAUUUCAAACAAUCGUAGAUUCAUUUCUUGAAUAUUGUCAAUCAAAACUUGAUCAUGGUAAACUUUUAUUUUCAAGAGCAACAAAUGCAUCAAUACAACAUGAAUUUCGACGUGCACAAUCAAUACUUUAUGAUUUAAAAUAUUUAUUAGGUGUUGUACCUCAAGAAUAUACAGUUGAACUUCGAGAAAAUUCUCUCAAUGGUUUUCGAGCAUUUCUUCAAUUAUUAGUUUAUAUGCAUGGUAUGGAUAAAGUUACACGACAAGUUGGACAACAUGUAGAAUUUGAUCCUGAAUGGGAAACAGCAUUUAAUUUAGUUAUUAAACUUCAAUCAAUUGUUUCAUCGAUAUUAGAUUGGUGUGCACAAGAUGCAGAAUUAUUACUUGGUGCAUAUGAAGCAACAGGCUCAGCAUUAUCAGAAAUACAAAAAACAAGUGAUAUAUCACAUUUAAUUAAAGAUAAAAAUAAUUCAUCAAUUGUUAAAACAACUGUAAAUGAUCUUAAAGUUGAUUGUUAUGCAUAUGAUGUCGCGAAAGAUCCUAUUUCAGUACAUAUUCCGGUUGUAAGAUUACUUGUUGCACUUCAUAUUCAUCUACAAAAGUAUACUAAUGUAGAAACAACAUUUAAUAAUCUGUGUGAAAAAUUCAAAAUUUAUCCAUGUUUUAUAUACGAAGAAGCAUUACGUAUUCAAGUUCUUUGUGCUCAACAUGUUGCUGGUCUAUGGAAACGAAAUGGUUAUUCAUUAUCGAACCAAAUUUUUUAUUAUUCAAAUGUUAAAUGUCGAAAAGAAAUGUAUGAUCGUGAUAUUCUUGCAUUACAAGUUGGCGCUUCAUUAACAUCUCCUGAUAUAUAUUUAAUUCAGCUUAUGCAUAAAUUUAAUUUAUUAGAAUGGAUUCGGUCUCCUGAAUAUGGUCAUUCAUCUGAAACGGAAUCGAAAGUAAAAGAAAAAGUUCGUAUUAUGGAAGAAUUUCUACAUCUAUUAAUAAUUAUUGUUGGUGAACGACAUGAACCAGGUGUUGGAAAAGUAACACGUGAAGAAAAAUUAACACGAGAAGUUAUACAUCAAUUAUGUAUAUCACCAAUGGCACAUUCAGAAUUAAUACGAGGUUUACAAGAUUGUGGACAAUUAGAAUUAGGAUCAGGAGAUUUCGAAGCUGUAUUGAAAGAAGUUGCUGAUUUCAAGAGAGGUAAUGCAACAAAAGGAAAUUAUGAAUUAAAAGCAAAUCGACUGUCAGAAUAUAAUCAAUUUUAUUAUCAUUAUUCAAAAGCUGAUCAAUGCAAAUCUGAAGAAUAUGUAAUUAAACGUCGAAAACUAAGCGAUGAUGGUAUAUCAACAACAUUAUUCAUCCCUUGUCCACCAUUAUUUACUGAAGCAUUUCAAUCAAUAGUACAUAUUCUUGAUAGUAAUAUCUUUCUAACUUUACUUAAAGCUUGUCUUUAUCGAUCAACGGAUCCAAAAGCUCAUUUAUGGUCUGAAGCUAUUCUUAAUCGAGCAUUACAUUUAAUAACUUUCGCUUGUUAUGAACAAGAACGUGAAUCAAAUUUUGAAUUUUAUUCUAAAUUUCAAAAAUUUGAACUUGAUAAAUUAAUAAAUCAAUUGCAUUUAAAUACACCAUCAAAAGCAGAAACAUGUAAAGAAUUACUUGCUUAUGCUAUUAAACUCUAUAAUAAAUUUAGUCAAACAACUGAACAAUUUAAUUCUUCAACAACAUUAACUACUAAUCAAGAAACAUCAGAUUUAACUAAACGUGCACAACGUAAACGAAAAGAUUUAGCUGCACAAAAACGUGCCAAAAUUAUAGCACAAAUGACUGAAUUACAAAAGAAUUUUAUUGAAAAAAAUAUUCAAUUAUGUUCAGAUAGUAUAGAUGAAUCACAAAUAUCAACCAUAGAAUCUCCAUUAUCAGGAACAUUUUCACAAUUAUCAUCAAUGAUAAGUUCAUCGGAUCAACAAAUAUUAUCAACAUCACCAACAACAUCAUUAAAAUUUGAACCUAUGAUUAUUGAUGAUACAUAUCCAAUAAUACAAUGUUGUUUUGGUAGAAAUGAUAAUGAAUUAUCUCAAUCAACAAAACAAAUUUUAACAUGUAUAUUUUGUCAAGAAAAUAGUGAAGUUAAACUUAAUUCAGAAGCUUUAGUACUUUCAGCUUUUAUACAAAAUUCAAGAGUUUUAUCAAAAAAUCGUACACGACGUAUUGAAAAUUGGGAUACAUUUGAUCCAACAUUUAUGUCAAAUGAUCUUCAUUGGGGUGUACAUGUUUCAUCAUGUGGCCAUGCCAUUCAUGCUGCAUGUUGGACAAAAUAUCAUAAUUCAAUAACAUCUCAAGAUCAUCGUCGAACAUUACGUAUGCGUGGUUCAGCAAAUUAUGAUACAGAACGAAAUGAAUUUCUUUGUCCAUUAUGUCAAACAUUAAGUAAUACAAUAAUACCAAUAUUACCAUCAUUACGUACAUUUGCUGAUGAAAGAAAAUUAGCUCAAAUGUCAUUUAGUGAAUGGUUAGAUGGUUUAGAGAAAGCACUUAAUGGUAGUAUUGAAUCUCGAUAUGAAAUUGAUACACAUGAACAACAAAUAUUUUUUAAUCCAUGUCCAUUAACAACAAUAACAAAAAUGAUGGCUGAACGUGCAGCACAAAAUUUUCAAUUAUUAUUUGGUUUUGCAGGAGAUUCAAGAGCACAAGAUUUUUCUGAUAGUAUUCGUGAACGUUUAAUGAAUUUUGCUAAAAACGUCUAUGUGUUUGGAUUAAAUGUUGAUCCAGAUGAUGAUAAUGAUCGUAUUCCAAUUAUACUUUGGACAUCAUGUGCAUAUACAAUACAAUCAAUAGAACAAUUACUUCGUAUUGAUUCAAAAUCAAUAUUUUCACAAUUAUCAAUUCGACAAAGUGAAUUAAUUAAUUGUUUAACUAAAGUUGCUGCUGCUUAUGGUUCAUUACAUGAUAGUGAUAAAAUAAAAAAACAUUGUUUAAAAUUAUUAUCAGUUCUUCUUUUAUCACGAACAAAUAUUCAAAUACCAUCAAUUGUUAAUAUUGAUCUAUUUCAUCUUCUUGUUUCACUUUGUUUUACUUUACCAAUUUUAUUUGCAUCAAAACAAACAUCACCAUCAUUAACAAAUGUUCCAACAGGAAAUCUCAAUGAUCUUUAUCUUGUACGACUUAUUCUUAUGGCACAUUGUAUACAAAUUCUGUCAAGUCAAGGAUUUUUAUAUGAAAUCAAAAAUGAUGAUCAUCAACAAUCAAAAAUGAGACAGAAGAGCAUUGAUGAUGACGCAGAAAAACAAACUAUUGAAAAAUUAAUCGAGAAAAUUAUUAAAAAUCAAACACCACCGUCUCCUUCAGCUCAAUUAUUAUCUCUCGAAGAAAUUCGAGAUAAAUUAAAAGAGUCUUUACUGCCAUUACUUCGAUGUACUGCUCUAUUCUAUCGUUAUUUAACUGGAAUAUCAUGGCCAGUAGAAUCAGGACUUGAUGAAUAUUCAACAAUAUGUCAUUAUCUUGGUUUACCAAUAUGUUUAUCAAAAUUACUUGAUACAGAAAAUGAACGUUUUUCAAAUGAUCUUAUUAAUAAUUGGAUAUUAACUUUAUCAACAAGUAAAUCAUUGAUUAAAUAUCCGAUAUUAGUCAAUGAAUUACAUCAAUUACCUAAAGAAUAUAUUGAUCUUAUGAAUCAAGUAUCUCAAGGUGUUGCACCAUAUAAAUAUGCACGUGAUGAAGCUCGAUCACCAUGUAUAUGUUUAACUUGUGGUGAUGUUGUUGUUCGUUCAUCAUCAUCGAUAACAACACCAAAUUUAUUAACAACAAAUAGUUUAAUAUCAACAUUACUUAAUAUUGAUCAAAAUGUUGGUCCAUGUAAUCUUCAUACACAACAAUGUUGUGGUUCAAUAGGACUUUAUUUACGUGUAAAAGAAUGUUCAUUACUUCUACUUAAUAUAAUUAAUGAUGGACGUAUUAAUAAAACACGUGGAACAUUUAUGCCUGCUCCUUAUUUAGAUGAUUAUGGUGAAACAGAUCAAAGUUUACGACGUGGAAAUCCAUUGCAUUUAUGUGAUGAACGAUAUCAUGUAUUAUAUCGACGAUGGUUAUCACAUGCUAUACCAGAAGAUAUAUCACGAAAUAUGGAAUUUAAUAAUACAUCGAUCUAUGCACAUAAUUGGAGUCAAUUUUAA